AUGGCGGAUGCAACUCCCCAACUAAAAAGGAAGAGAGAAGAAGCUGCGGCGCAGAAAAAGGCCAAGAAGCAGAGGAAAGAAGAGGCCGCGGCGGCCCUCAAGGACGGUCGCAAUGGCGAACCCACAAUCUCUGCGACUGAUUCGACCCCCAAAUCUACUAAGACGACUACCCCGAAGAAGCAAUCGAAAUCGGCGACGCAGAUAAAUGGUGUAGACAAAGAUGCGACCAACGGUACUCCCACAAGUGCGCAGAAAGCCAAGAAGCCGCAAGCACAGCACAACGGAUCGAUAGACGAUGAUGAGGCACAAGCUGCCAGCGCAACAGUCAACGGAAUCGCUACUGAAGUGGCGCAAGCUGAGAAAGAGAAACCAAAUGGAGUAGCCAAUGUGGUGGACAAGGCAGCACGAAAGAAGGCAAAGAAGGAGAGAAGAGAGAAGAACAAAGCAGAGCGCAACGACCUUGGCACGACCGAAACAUUGGAACUAGUCAAGAAGAAGAAGAACAAAAAGUUGGGAACUUGGGUUGUAUCCCCUGCUCAAGGAGGAUGGUAUUUGCCUGCGGACCCAGUGUUCUCUAAAGAUGAGAAAUACCUAAUCGUUGCGAAUCUCAAGUCGCUGUGUGUCUAUGCCACGGAUACAUCUUUACUUGUCAGCGAGCUCUUGGACAACGAAACUGGAUCACUCACGGCAUAUGCUCUUUCCGCUGUAGCGCCACACCUAAUCUAUGCCGCCUACUCGUCUGGAGAAAUCAUGUUGUGGGACUGGGUAACGGGUAAAAAGAUAGAGCAAUGGGACAUUGGCACUACGGUCCAGAAUAUGGCUGUUAUCACACAGCCUGAGUCUGAUCAAGAUCUCGUGUACUGCCAUGAAGCCGAAGAUGGGCAUAGCCUUACUCUCCGCUCUCUUCGCAUCAAAAGCCAGAGUUCCGCCGGCGAAUCCAAGUCGGACCUUAAACAGAUACUCAACACGAGUUCUGCAAUCCGCGGUAUCCAGGUUCUCCUGCAAGGCAAAUACGUCAUUGUUGCAACUGUCGAUUCGCUCAUUGUCGGGAAGCGCGUCAAGAUCACCAAAACAGCGCUUCACGAAUUUGAGUACGUCUGGCGCGAGCUGAAGUUCUCAAAGCACAUCAGGACCUUCAAUGUCUACCAUCGCGAGAAGCAGGAAGCUAGCAACGGAAAGAAAGGCGCACAAGAUCAAAGGGAUAUCCUUGACAUUGCUGUUGGUGAGGAGACUGGCCUCAUCCUCUUGUUCGAGGAUAUCUUGGCCUCCUUUGCUGCGAUUGAAAGCAGUCAGAAGGGCAAAAAAGAGAGAACAGAUACUGCUGAAAGUCUCAGGCCUAAGCGCUUACACUGGCACAGGGAUGCGGUGGGAUCCGUCAAGUGGUCAUUAGAUGGCAAUUACAUUGUUUCUGGUGGUGACGAGACUGUCCUUACGAUCUGGCAGCUUGCUACGGGACUACCGCAACACCUACCUCACUUGUCGGCAGCUAUUGAAAACAUCGUAGUCUCUCCCACGGGUUCUGCGUAUGCUCUGACACUUGCUAACAACUCGGUCAUUGUUCUGUCUACAACCGAGCUCGAGGCGCGCACCAACAUUGUUGGCAUCCAGUCACGAAGAAUCGAUACUGAGCAAAUGCCAAAAGAGACCAGGUCUGGCAACAAGUACCUUGGAAUCUUCGAAGCAGUACCUAUGACUGUAGACCCCACAAACCCCAACGAAGUAUCACUUGCAGUGCCUUCGUCUCAGCCCCGUCAAAAGAAGGGAGGCCUGAAACCCGAGCCAUACCUACAGACGUUUGAUCUUGCGAACCAGCGUGCCAAGAGCCGACAGGCAUUGACACGCAACAAUGCAACAGAGCCUAAUGUUGCUCCUGACGGCGGCCGGAUCGAAGAGCCCAACGUUACACACAUUCAAAUCAGCCACGACGGAGAAUGGCUUGCGACAGUUGAUGAAUGGCUUCCACCAAAAUCGGAUACUCGUUACCUCAAUGAAGGUAUUCCCGAGUUCAAUGAGCAGGAACGCCUGAACCGUCGAGAGGUAUAUCUGAAGAUCUGGCGACGCGACAACAGCAGUGGACAAUGGAAGUUGGAGACUCGAAUCGACGCACCACACUUCUUCGAGGACAGAUGUGGCAAUGGCCGUGUUUAUGAUCUUGUCGCCGACCCUACUGGUGCUGGCUUUGCGACUGUCGGCGAGGAUCAUGUUGUAAGGACCUGGAAGCCGAAAACGCGGUUACGCGAUGGUGUUAUCGUUCGCGGGGCUCAGCAAGAAGGUCUGAUUACCUGGUCGCUUGAUCACGCAGUUGAAAUCAGUGACAAGCUUGAUAUUACCGAAGGAUCACAGCAGUCUUUGCCUCCUCGCACCUCGCGGUUAGCCUAUUCCGCAGACGGAUCGGUUCUUGCUAUGUCUGUUUCUUGGGAUUUCGAAGAGGAUGCGGGAGUAACGCAUUUGAUUGACACCAGCAGCGGAUCAAUUCGACGAUCGUUGACAGAGAUCGAUGUGACUGCCUUGUCCGGUCUUGGAUUCGUCGGACAGUACUUGGUAGUAGUCGCAGAUGUCAUUACCGUCUGGGAUAUGGUCGCCGACCAGCUUGUAUACAGCGUCUCCAUCGAGACCCCUGGCCUUGACCGCCUGGAGCGCGUGCCACUGGUUCGACUUGCUACGAAUGAGACGGAUGCUACGUUUGCUGUAGCACUACCUCGACUGGAAAAGAGCGAGUUACAUGGCUCCAAGAUCAAAAAGGCGUCAUCUAAGGUCUUGAUCUACAGCCCGGAGCAUCACAAAGCACUGUGGAGGGAGACCCUGUCGCCUAUGAACCUAGCUCUUGCAUCUCGAAGAAGCGAGAGUGGCUACAUUGUCCUCGACUCACGCUCUUGCCUCAAGACGAUCAGCCCAAGUGCUGGUCCUCUGCAACUCCUCACCCCACCACCUGAAGAGCAGCUCGAGGCGCACCGUAUCACCCAUCCAGAUGAGGUUGACAUGGAAGAUGAUGAGUCUGAGCGACCUCUCGCCAACCUUUUGGUGUCGGAAGAUCUCACUCAGGACAUUGGUCAAGACGAACAUGUGUUUAACAUGCAGGACCUACAAAAUGUGCUGCAUGAUGGCUCCGUGCCCCCGCCUCCACAGGGCCUUUUCAGUAAUAUUCUGGCGUUGAUUGGUGGCAAGACACAAAAAGUAUCGGCAUAG